AUGAUGUCGAGGCGCUCCAGCAUCGCGCCGAGCUUCUCGAGCGAUCGCCCCUCAGUCACAAGCUCGGUGACUUUUCAGAUGCCCGCCACGGUGCGACCGCCGCCGGCGUACAUCGCGGCCUCGGUCGCGUCGCAGAUGGUCACGGACAACCACAACGCGCAACGGCGCCUGACCGACUCCUCGCACGAAGAGCUGGAGAACGCCAUAUUCUCGGAACAAGCCCUCUCGCUGCUCAAUGGCUUCCUCGACCACCUUUUGUUCGCGUUCCUGUCCACCGCGCGCUCGCCCUCCCUUACCGCUAUUCGCCCUGCUAUCUCCGAGGUACUGAAGCCCAGGCUGGCUCGUGAAGCAGCAGAAGCCGCCGACGAGGAAUUGCAGGGACUGCUGUCAGCAGAGGACGACGAGGAGUUCUCCCCCAUCGACGGUGGAAGGGCAAUUGAUCGCUGGGAUGUCGAGAAGGUGUGGAAGCGCACGCGUCUACGGAUAAUGGUGUACACGCGCUUGGGCGAAAUGGAAGACGAGGACGAGGAGAGAUAUGUUCAGCAGGAACGUGGGUUGAGCAUGGACGACGAUGACGACGAAGAAGCCGGUCUUGUGUCAUGGGCUUCUGCCAUCUUCCUCACAUCCGUUGUGGAGUACGUUGCCGAGCAGACUCUGCUCGUUGCUGGGCAAGCAGCAUACGCCCGCAUGGCAUCCAGGGUCAGGAAGUCUUCAGACGAGACCGACGAAGGCGCAUUUGAGCGCUUGGUUAUCGAAGAGCCGGAUGUCGAGAAAAUUGCUCUGAAUUCGGCUCUUGGUCGGCUCUGGAGGACUUGGAGGAAACGUGUGCGGUCAUCCCUCCAACCGCUCUCCCCUGGCCGUGCCAUCCGGCCCAACUCGAGCUUCGCAAGUCUCCAGAGACGCGGAAGCAGAAGCAGCCAAGCUACAGCUGACGAGUCAUAUCGCAUUGAACACACUCCCGCUUCCGAACGUGCUCCUUCCGAGACAGAUAUUGCAGCCAACAUACCGAUACCAGCUGGAGCCAGGGACGUAGAUGAGAUUGAGGUGCCAGGCUUGGCUCGCACCUUCGAGGAUACUGGGAGCAGUGGCAGACAGACGCCAGUAUCUCGGCCUCAACGACCCAGCAGUGUUAUCAUGCUUGCCCCUGUAGAGAGCUUUCGACGAAGACAUGACAAAGACCGUCCAACAUCGAUGCCUGGUCCAGAAGCAUUGCCCUUUGCUGUGCCUCCACGGUCCCACAUGAACGACGACGAUGGUCAACUUGACACACCAUUCGAAACGCCUAUGACAAGCAAUUUCAAUCGCGCCUCCUGGAUUGGUGACGGGGACGCCAACGGCGAAGGAUCUGCACGCGAUGAUGUGCUAUCUCCUACAACAGCUACUUCUUCGAAGACUGAUCGCCAUGUGAUCAAGACCACGAGCCUGGAGAAGAACGAUGCGGAGCCUGACACACCAAAGUCAACGACCUCAACAACGUCGGAUAACUAUGAUGUCGAGCCGAAGGUCUUACAGUCUAAGAGGCUGUCGAUCGGAAGAAGCGGUCCUCCGGGCAUCGUGCGCACGUUCUCCACAAGAAGCAACAGCCUCAGAUCGCCACGGGAGACGCCAGUUGCAACACCAAUAGCUUCACCACAUUUCUCAGGAUCUUACCUCGAUGACCGUUCCGAUGAUGAAGAUGCAGAAGGCCCCCAAGCUAUUGGUGUGGCAAGGACGUCAGAUGUGCCAAUUCAAUCAUCUCCAACACCCUCUGUCGAGCGAUGGUCUGAUCGAGUCAAGGUCGCGCCUACCCAGGGUGGCUAUGUGGAAGUUCAACCUACGCCUCGAUCCGUUCCGUCACGCAACACACCUACACCCGAUUCGAAGCCCAUCGUACCUGAGCGAUCUAUUGCACGCAACGAUUCGCUCAAACGUGCUGGUCCCAACAUUGGCAGUGGCGCCGUUGUCGUAGGUGCUGCAAGCCCAGCACGUAGACGAGAUUCAACCCCGCCAACAUCAGGACGUACAUCUUUGCCAUCUUUGCAAGAAGUCGAAUACUACAGGCCUCAGCAGAUGGCUUCUAGUGAGCAAGCAGCCCGUCGUAAUAGCCCUACCAUCAGCAACCACAGUCGCACGCAGAGUCCGCAUGUAGCAACAGCUGAACGGCAGGUUCCUCGUCGCUCUACGGAAGAGUCCUUGCGCUCACAGUCCGCGGCAGGCGGUUCAAUCAAGGAAAGACCAGGUAUCACGCGUGUAGCGUCGACCUCAUCUAAGAAGUCAGGAAGCAUUUCCCGCUUGCCAACCAGUCGUGACUCUGACCCUCAGCUGACUCGCAAUCUUGGUGGUCGUUUGUCUGAAGAAGACCGAGAGCGUCAAUUUGAAGAGCUGGUGCAGUGCAAUGAGACCGUCAAAUACACGUUGACACCUGAGAAUAUGCGCGCGCUGGAUGUAAGUAACAAGCCUGAACGCUCCAACGCUGCUUCAGUGACAGUAUACCCUCGAGUCGAUGCCAACAAGGACAAUUCAUUCGGUGUAAGUGCGCUACCCGCCAAGCCCACCAUGAAAGGAAGAGGCCCUGGAGUCUCGGGUCACAAGCCUUCACCAAGCAGGAAAGUGAUCACGCGACCACUUGCCAGAGAACCGCGUAUAGAGUCCGAGUCCAUGCGGGAUUUCGCUGACUUCAUCCGCUCAACUGGUCCGUCACCCGGCCAAGAGAAGACUCCGCAGCCGUUUGUCAAUAUCAGUGGCAAUGGUCUGAAGUCACCAAACGGCUCUUCCACUUCCGUUGGGCGCAAGUCAUCAACCAAGCGGUCGAGUUCUCGCAGUAUUGAAGGACCGGGGGCCAGACCUCGUGUCAACAUGGAACCUCGCAGCCCAGCUGGCCUCAGCAUCGGCAACGAUGAUCUGAUUGACUUCAUUCGUCAAGGACCACCGAAUGGACCAGAGGGUCAGCCCCGUAUUCCGCGAUCAGUUGCCCCAUUCCGCACGACAGUUGACUCGGAUCAAUUCGAGACUAUGUUGGGUGAUCACGGCACUGUUGAAUCAGCGUACGACUCCAAGACCUCCACCCUCAAUUCGCAACAUUCUAUUCAGACUUCUAAUUCCAGAACCGGACUCAUUGCACCACCAGGUGUAGUGCAACCGGCUUAUUCGAAUGUCCCGCAGAACUUGUCCGGUAGCAUGACUUCAAGCUCAGAGCCAGUCAUUACCCGUACCCGUAGACGCGUUAAAGACCCUUACGCAAUUGAUGUCUCGGAUGAGGAAGAUGAUGAGGAUGAUGAUCAGUUGACCGCUCUUCCUCCCUCGACGAAGCCAUCCGCGCCGAGACAAGAAAGUCUCAUGGACUUUUUGAACGAGAUGGAACCACCUUCUGGACCAUCAGCUGGGAAGCCACAACCGUUUAUGCUUAGCCAGGAGACGAUUGCUGCGGCUAAGGCGCGUGCGAAUGGCUCCAACACUUCGCUCGCUUCUUCUGCAACUCCAACACGCAGUAACGGCGCCAGCAAUGGGGCAGCUCCACCUCUAGGAUUCCCUUCUUCGAGCGGUGCAGAGACUACGCGCGCUCACAAGCCAAAAGUCGCGGCGCGUACACCUGCCGUGGGCGAUGUGCGUGCUAACCGUACCGCGACCAGUGAUCUUGCUGAUUUCCUACGCAACUCUGGACCACCUGAGCUUGUGGAGCAUUCGUCUGAUCCAUCGGUACGCGAUUCCAAAGCCAACACAGCGCAUUCGCCCGCAUCGUCGGAGGAGACACCUGUCAUCGUUUUCUUUCCCAGAUCAACGCGCGAUGUUUCUACCAUCCUGAAGGCGUGUAAUGAGCGCCGUGUUGCGGUGACUUCGUUCUCCGGCGGCACAAGCAUCGGCGGUGCGUUGACAUCAACAAGGGGCGGGGUAUGCAUCAGUUUUGAGCAUAUGAAAGAGAUUGUCGCCUUACAUGAAGACGAUUUCGAUGUUGUGGUUCAGCCCGGUCUCGGUUGGGUCGAGCUGAACGAGCAGUUGAAGGACAAAGGUCUUUUCUUUCCCGUAGAUCCAGCGCCAGGUGCCAGCAUAGGUGGGAUGAUCGCAAUGAGCUGUUCAGGCACAAAUGCUUACCGAUAUGGCACCAUGAAAGAGUGGGUCAUCUCGUUGACCGCGGUGCUUGCCGAUGGGACAGUCGUCAGGACGCAUCGCCGACCAAGAAAGACGUCUGCUGGUUACGAUCUGACGCACUUAGUUAUUGGGUCAGAGGGUACGCUUGCGCUGGUCACGGAGGCUACUCUCAAGCUCGCCCUGCUGCCACAGAAUCUACACGUUGGUCUCGUCACCUUCAACACGUUCCAGCAAGGUGUCGAUAUUGUCGUCGCCCUGCAGAGAGCAGGACACCAACUCGAAGCGUUGGAGCUUGGCGAUGGGCCCCAGGUCCACGCAAUCAACUACUCAAAACUUGCGCGUGUAAACUUGGCCGAGAAACCAACUCUCUGGCUCAAGUUUGCGAGCCCAUCGCUCCAACUCGUCGAAGACCAGAUCGGCACCGUCAAAGCGCUUUGCGAGGAGCAAAAAGCUCUGACGUACGAAAUCACGUCCGAUAAGGCGCGUAUUGACGUGCUCUGGGAGGCACGGAAAUGCAUGGCUCGAGCACUUAUUGCGAUGAAGAAAGAACCUACAGAUCUGUUCCUGUCCACAGACUGCGCGGUGCCAAUCUCAAAUCUCGCCGCGCUGGUUGAAGGCACCCAGAAGCUCAUUCAGGAAGCGAACAGAGCCAACCAGACGUCUUCUUCCGAGGCUAGGCAGCCCUGGUUCUGCGCCAAUGUUGGACAUGUGGGCGAUGGAAAUGUGCACUCGGCAAUCGUUUGCCCGGUAGCUGAUAAACCGAGAGUGGAUGAGGUGCUGGCGAAGGUGGCACGGCUUGCGUUGAGUUUAGAUGGUACGGUUACGGGUGAACAUGGCGUGGGACUAAAGCAGAGAGAUGCACUUCUUGAGGAAGUCGGCACUGAGGGGGUUCGUGUGAUGAGGGGGGUUAAGAGUGCGCUCGAUCCACGAGGAAUACUCAAUCCCGACAAGGUGUUCAGGUUGGAGGGUGAUGAUGGUCUCACGAAGGGAGCACGUCUAUGA